CCCUCCCAGAAAUUUUCUGGCAGGCUGUUGUCCUUGAUGAAAGGCUUAUAUGAAACGGGGGGUGUUGACAAACGGAAGACUUGCUCUCAGUUAGCUUCUCUCUGGCCACAGAGCUCGCACUUCAGAUUUCUUUGCUGUACAAGAGGCACACGAGUCAAGGCGCUCACUUGUUGCCAAAGAGCGAGCUUACAAGGCAAUAAUAGGCCACUUUUAUUGUCUUCUCCGCCCCCUGGAACUCGCGACAGUGCCCGCGCGUUGAUCCUGUGUUCUCCACUCUCAGAUAUUGUUGAAGGACUCCUAUUCUGUUCCGUUAACUACCGUCGGUGGCUUUGCUAGCUAAUGUGAGGCGAUUUGAAGAGAAGAGGACGGUGGCGGUGGACUGUUGUAAUAGUUUUUGGCUUUCUCAGUUUUUUGUGAAGGUGACAGAGGACCUCAAAGAAGAGCUGCUGAGCGAGGGACAGUUUCGUUCGCACCCCGGCUGGUUCUGACCAAAAUAAAGAAAUAAUAAUAACAAAAAAAAAAAAGGAUGGACACGAAUCCAAUUCCCGUGCUGACCGUCCAGACGACCCCUUACGAUGACCAGAGACCCGGCGCAAGCGGUCUGAGGAAGAAGACCGCGGUGUUCGAGAGCAGGAGAAACUACCUGCAAAACUACAUCCAGAGCGUGCUGUCCUCCAUCGACCUGCGAGACCGACAGGGCUGUACCAUGGUGGUGGGCAGCGACGGCAGGUACUUCAGUCGGACCGCUACCGAGGUCGUCGUCCAAAUGGCGGCUGCCAACGGGAUCGGCCGGCUGGUCAUCGGUCACAACGGCAUCCUGUCCACCCCGGCCGUGUCCUGCAUCAUCCGGAAGAUCAAGGCCAUCGGCGGGAUCGUCCUCACGGCCAGCCACAACCCGGGAGGUCCCGGCGGCGACUUCGGGAUCAAAUUCAACGUGGCCAACGGAGGCCCGUCUCCGGACACGGUGAUGGACCGUAUUCACCAGGUCAGCCGAACGCUGGAGGAGUUCGCCAUCUGCCCGGACCUCCGCAUCGACCUCUCCCGGCUCGGCCGCCAGGAGUUCGACCUGGAGAACAAGUUCAAGCCCUUCAGAGUGGAGAUAGUGGACUCUGUGGAGGUGUACCUGAACCUGCUGCGUGGGCUCUUUGACUUCGGAGCCAUCAAGGGGCUGCUGACCGGCCCGGAUCAGCUGAAGAUCCGGAUAGACGCCAUGCAUGGGGUGAUGGGGCCCUACGUCAGGAGGAUCCUGUGCGACGAGCUCGGGGCCCCCGCCAACUCCGCCGUCAACUGCGUCCCCCUGGAGGACUUUGGGGGCCAGCACCCCAACCCCACCCUCACCCACGCCACCGGUCUGGUGGAGUCCAUGAAGGGCGGAGACUUUGGCCUGGGCGCCGCUUUUGACGCCGAUGGGGACCGAUACAUGAUCCUCGGUCAGAAUGGAUUUUUCGUGAACCCGUCGGACUCCUUGGCGGUACUAGCCGCCAACCUCUCCUGCAUCCCGUACUUCAGGCAGAUGGGGAUACGCGGCUUCGCCAGGAGCAUGCCCACCAGCACCGCCCUCGACAGGGUGGCCAAGUCCCUGAAGGUGGCGCUGUACGAGACGCCCGCCGGCUGGAGGUUCUUUGGGAACCUGAUGGAUUCUGGGAGAUGUUCACUGUGUGGCGAGGAGAGCUUCGGAACAAGUUCGGACCACGUGCGUGAGAAGGACGGGCUCUGGUCUCUGUUGGCCUGGCUGUCCGUCCUGGCGGCUCGGAAGCAGGGCGUGGAGGAGAUCGUCCGGGAGCACUGGGCCAAGCUGGGCCGCAACUACUUCUGCCGGUUUGAUUAUGAGGGCAUUGACCCCAGAGCUGCGUUUUACCUGAUGCGGGACCUGGAGGCCGUGAUCCUGGACAAGGCCUUCGUCACCCAGAAGUUCGCCGUGGGCAACAACGUGUACAGCGUGGAGAAGGCCGACAACUUCGAGUACAUCGACCCCGUGGACGGGUCCGUGACUCGCAAUCAGGGUCUGAGGAUCAUUUUCACGGACGCCUCGCGGCUCAUCUUCAGACUGAGCGGGACCAGUGGGGGGGCGGGGGCCACCAUCCGAAUCUACGCAGAGAGCUACGAGAGAGACCCUGAGAGACAGAACCGGGAGACACAGGUGGUCCUGGGCCCCCUCAUCGCCAUCGCGCUGAAGAUCUCCGAUAUCCACGAGCGGACAGGCCGCCGCGGCCCCAACAUCAUCACCUGAGCUGGGCCAGUACCUCACACCCGGGGCCAAAUAACAGACAUUUCCCUCAAGAACCCAGUCUAAACGUGCACCUGCACCUGUCUGUCCACCUGCACCUGCACCUGUCUGUCCACCUUCACCUGCACCUGUCUCUCCACCUGCAUCUACACCAGUCUCUCCACCUACAUCUGCACCUGUCUCUACACCUGCAUCUACACCAGUCUCUACACCUGUAUCUGCAGCAGUCUCUCCACCUGCAUCUACACCAGUCUCUACACCUAUAUCUACACCAGUCUCUCCACCUGCAUCUACACCAGUCUCUACACCUAUAUCUGCACCUGUCUCUCCACCUGCAUCUACACCAGUCUCUCCACCUACAUCUGCACCAGUCUCUACACCUGCAUCUACACCAGUCUCUCCACCUGCACCUACACCAGUCUCUCCACCUACACCUAGACCAGCCUCUCUACCUGCAUCUACACCAGUCUGUCCUCCUGCAUCUACACCAGCCUCUCCACCUGCACCUACGCCAGUCUCUCUAUCUGCACCUACGCCAGUCUCUCUAUCUGCACCUACGCCAGUCUCUCUAUCUGCAUCUACACCAGUCACUACUCUUGCCUUCUCUGUCUUCAUCUGUACUGUUCUCCACCUGUGUCUACGCCUGGCCCUAUACUGGCAUUGUCCAUAAACCCCUCCUCUCAUAUUUACACCUGCCUAUACACCUGUAUUCUCCACCUUUCUCCCCGUCAGUCCACACACCUCUGCGCCUGCUCCUCUGCACCACAUUAAACCACUGGUGGCUGACAUUUUGUGAUGCUCCCAUGACACCAUCGCAACUUUACUUCCUCACUUGUCACCGCGUUAUGCAUUAGGUCUUCCUCUGUGCUGUUUCACUCUGUGACCAGCAGGGGGUGACAGAGUGUCACAGAGUGAAAUAUUCAUAAAUAUUAUCCAACAUGUUGGCAAGGCAUUAAGCAAUAUUUUUGGAAACAUGUUUGCGUGCGUGUAAUGAAGAGUAUAAAACUGUUGCUAUGCGUGACAGCAAAGCUGUGGCCAGAUGACGUGCUUUAUUGAUGUAUUUCCCCCUUGUGCUGACUUUAACCUGGUUUAUCACAGUAAAGUCAGGGUGAAAAGGGAGUUUUUACAGUCGACUGCGUCAUAGGCCAGAGCGUUCACUCAGCACUGUAAAAAUAACCGAAAAGCGUUAGGAAGAGGCCUUGUUAAAAAUGUUCUAUAAUGUUAAAAACAAAUGUACAAAAUUAAGCACGUAAACUCAUAGCACUCUGUUAGGGUAUAAUGUUUAUAAAAUAUACUUCUUGUGUGUGUGUGUGCGUGUGCGUGUGUGUGUGCAUGUGCGUGUGUGUAUGUGUGUGUGCGCGUGCGUGUGCAUGUGUAUUUGUGUGAGUGCAUGUGUGUGAAUGUGAGUGAGACAGAGAGAGAGACAGAGAGAGAGUGAAAAAGGGAUGUUUAGCUAUAAACAACGUUUCAGCACUUCCUGUUGUGCUCUUAUCAGUAGCGUGUGCUGUUGAGAGAGCGUAGACACCGUUUAUGAUCACAUAAAAAGCAUGCUUAUGCACUGAGAUUUGUUUAUAGCCACAAAAAUAUUACAGUCCUAUGCAGUCCUUUAAGAGAGUAUGACCUGCACUUAUAGUAGUCCACACUGAUAAGAAAUUCUCACGUUACCUGUGAUUUCCAUAUAUGAACAUAUACUGACUUCUUGUGUAAGACCCUGUCCCCUGACACUGUUGAAACAUAGUCAUUGGCUGUCAUAAAACACCGUGCUGUCCUUUCCUACUUGUUUCAAUGAGUCCGUUCUUCUGUGACCUGGGAUUGAAUUAAGAUUCAUGUCAGAGUAUUCCUGGGAAUAAUUGGACAAGAAUUGAACUUUUUCUGCAAACACACACACACACAAACACUCACACACAGACACAAACACACAUACACACACACACACGCACACGCACUCACGCACAGACACAAACACACACACACACACACACACACACACACACACGCACUCACGCACAGACACACACACACACACACACACACACAGAUACUUUUCAAUAUUCACCUUGCAGUUUGAGACGGUCGUACUGAGGGGAGCUCUCUUGGGGACGAUGUCCCUUUCUUUGCCUCUCACUGGCGCCUCCCCCUGGUCGGUCAGGGUGCCUGCAGUUCGCCAUCACCUGAUCAGACAGAAACACAGCCCCUCGGGUGGGAGUGUCUGUGCACUGCGGAACGACAAAGAAACAGAGGGUGACUGCGCAUGUUUCCCGGGUAACCACCCUCCUGAAGUAACUGCAGUGAUCAGGUGACUGCCAAUGGCAAGACGAGGGAAGAAAAAUUGGGAAUAAAAGUUGCUUAAUUAAGUGAAGUCCUGAGUGAUUACACUUUUGGACACCUGACACGCCAGCAUAUUCACGCCAGUUCCAAAACUCACAAUCAGCCCUGGGUCAUAAAAUUAUUUUGAAUACUUCCAACUCCCCUUGGGCACCAGAUUCAAAAGAGGACAUUGCUUUAACCAACAUGCAGAACAGAAUGUUCUUCUUUCUCAUAAUACAUUUGUUCUGGUGAGCGAGACACGUCUCCUUGGAAAUUCUCAGAGAUCUGUAGGAAGUGCCUUCAAAUGUUAUCAUCGUCUAAAGAGCUGAAGCGUUUAAAUAUGUACCUUGUUUGAUCGUGCAGUUUUGCAGUACAUUGCUUGUGCGUGUGUACAAUCACAGACUACUUGUCUAAAAGAGCACUUGACUGAAAAACACCACUCACGUUGAUUCUUCUCUCUGACUUGCCAUUGGAUAACGAAACUUGGUGGCAGAUGUUUUUUUUUUUCAUUGAGGAGGAACGCUUUUCCAGAAAAGAUUUGAAUCAAUGCUGCAAUGUUAUGAAUGUAGUCAGAACCUACAUAGAUGGAAAUAUGGAGUUUUGUUUUCUAAAGUGAGGAUUGAAAGGAAGGCAUUUUCAGUGCACAGAUAAAAUUUACAGAUUUCUAUUUUUUCCUCCUGAGCGAUUUGGAAGAAACCUUUCUUUCGCUGUAUUUAAUUUUUUUUUUUUUUAAUCCAAAGAUCAACUUAAAUAAACUAUGUUUUGAGUGAAA